AUGAUCGAAUACAAAACCACCAAGAGAACACCCAAACUCCAACUUCAGACGCUUCAGACACCCACAAUCGCUGAUCUCGUCGAACCGGUUGAUAUAAUACCCACAACCCCCUUGACUGCCACUACAACCACUUCAAAUACAAUAAUAUCGGUCCCGCCAACCUUAAAAAUAGUUACGAUCAUGUCGUCCACAUUCUCCCAGGCCGUCAUGAUCUCUCUGAACGAACAUAUGGCACAGACACUCUUGGAUUCAAUGACCUCUACGAUCCGUUCUUCAAAGUUGGAUAUGAACAGUCAGAUCCAAGGGUUAGAACUGUUGGUUGAGAAUCUCGAGGCUUUGAAUGCUAGAGUUGAGAGUUAUAUGACCGAAUUGAAGGAGAGGCAGGAAGAUACAUUUUGUUACGAUGAAUUGGAUUUGGAGGGGUUGGAAGAGUGGGCGGACGGAAUGGGAGAGACUUCGUCGUGCGGUGGGAUCAAGAGAAUUGCGUCACCGGUUGGCUGCAGAGGGAGCAAGGCGAGACUUGCUUCCCGUCGCCUUACAACCCUUUGCGAAGAAGACUUGUCUCAUCGUCCAUCUUUCGAGACUAUCUCCUCGAAAUCCAGCCAUAGCGCAUCGGGUUCUAUAACUAUCAAAGUUGAUACACCUUCAACCCCCCCACUAAGUUCUCAUGAACAAACCCUCUUCACUCCUUCUACACCAGGUCAAUUCCGUCAAAUUGACCCUAAGAAGAUCCCGAAACGCAAGCCAGUACCAGCUACCCAACUCCAAAUCCCCCAGAAGAACAACAAGGCCUUCAAAAGAAAAGAAGUACCAACUAGGAUGUACGAGCAUCUAGGGUCUAGCUCUACAACGGUGAACACCGUUACUACCUUAGAUAGUACUUGUGGUGGUGGUGAUGUUGUGGGUUUCGAUAAAUUGGAGGCGAUGUGGACGCCACCAGUUACUGAUGAGGAGUGUUCACCUAUCAGAGAUCGAGGAGAAACAGUUUGCAUUGGUACGGCUACUGCUGUUAAUGUUGGUGGCGCUACGACGAUAUACCAACCAAAGCCAAGAAGGGUCAAGAGCAAGCAGUUGAAGAUUUCUAUUCCAAGGAAGGGAUCCGGUGGGAAGGGGUCUGGGGGCUCUAUCCCUAAGGAAAGAGUAUCCCUGGUGAAAGAAAAGUCGGUGAGGAUGUUGAAGACACCAUCAUCUGCACCUUCUGGGUCUGUAUUAUUUCAAAAGAGAACCAAGGAAGAGAUGGAAAAAAUUCGGUUUAGCUACGAGGAAUGUGAUGGAGGCCGGGUGGUGAGGAGGAUGGACUCGGGAAGGGAGAAGAGGAAGAGUUUGUAUGGGAGUGGGAGUGGAAGUAUGAAAAGAAAGUUGUCUUUGAAGACUAAGAGGAGGAGAAAGUAUGAGAAUGGGAUUCCACGAUGUGAUAGUCCUGUUCUGGGGAGCUGUGAAGUUGUCUUUGCCAGAAGAUAA